AUGAAGUUGAAAACUGAUUUGGUUAAUGGGAGAAGGAAAUUUCAGUGUAUUUAUAUUUGUCUUAAGGCAUGUAGAGAUGGAUGGUUCGGGGAUUGUAGACCUCUAAUUGGCCUUGAUGGCUGCUUUUUAAAAGGAUAUUGUAGGGGCACUUUAUUGGCUGCAGUAGGCAUUGAUGGUAAUAACUCUAUGUUUCCCAUUGCCUACUAUGUUGCUGAAAAGGAAAAUACUGAGGUUUGGACUUGGUUCUUGGAGCAAUUGAAGGAUGAUAUUGGGAAUUUGAGUCCUACCAAGGUGACAAUGAUGAGUGAUCGUCAAAAAGGAUUAGAAAAUGCAGUGGGAGCCAUCUUUAGUGGGUGUGAGGUGAGGUAUUGUGUUAGACAUCUUCAUGCUAACUUUAAAAAGGAAUAUCCUGGACUUUUACUUAAGCAACUUUUGUGGGCAGCAGCUAAUACUACAACACAGGCUGAGUUUGCUCGAGCAAUGCAAGAAGUCAAGGAUGUCUCGGAUGCCAUACUUGAUGCUCGCGACAAGCCAAUUAUAACUUUACUAGAGAAAAUUAGAUUUUGGCUGAUGUCUCGGUUUUAUAACAAAAAAGCUGAGUUGGAGAAGAUGACUCAACCUCUGGGGAAGAGAAUUUUGAAAAUAAUUGAGAAGCAAAAAGAGGUUGCAAAGCAUUGUCUGGUUACUAGGUCUGACAAGUUUCAGUUUCAGGUUCAAUGCAGCAAUGGUAAUGCCUUGGUUGUCGAUUUGGAAUUCAGAACUUGUACAUGUAGGAGGUUUCAACUAUCUGGGCUUCCUUGUGGCCAUGCACCAGCUACUAUCUGGUUCAUGGGAGGUAAUGUCUUUGAUUAUGUCCAUGGAUUCUAUAAAAAAGAAUCAUUUCAAAAAGCAUAUGAACAGAGUGUGCAUCCUAUGCCUAGUCCAGAUAUGUGGCCUCAGACAGGACUCAACCCAAUUGAUCCACCACCUGAGACGAAGCUGCCUGGAAGACCUAUGAAAGCUAGGAGAAGGGAGACAUAUGAACCUCCACCUGCUUUAAAGAAAGCUCGAAGAAUUGGACAAGUUAAAACAUGCAGCAAUUGUCUGAAAACAGGCCACAGGAGAGAAACAUGCAAAUCUGCUAAGGUGGUUGAGAAUCGUGUGAUCAAAAAGCAAGGUCGUCCACCACUGCAGAAACCAACUGAAGCCACACUUUUAAGGAAGGAAAGAAGACCGAAACAACAUGCUAAAGGAGGAACUAGUGGUGCAAAGAAUGCUCAACCCGAUGCUGUCUGA